UCCUUCCCUGUUAAGCUCCACGUUUCGAUCUCUCUCCCAGAAAAGAUUCAAGUCACCAGCACAUCCAUCAGGUUCAGGCUCGAUGGCAAUUUGUCUGAUUGGUUCGGUCUUUUUCAGCUGACUUGUGUACUACAUGGAAUCGCGGAGUUUCAAGAAGCUCGCGCCAGCGCCAGCCGAGCCAGGCACUGGUGAAAACCAGGCCCAGAUUUCUGUGCCCGUCCCUGGUCCUCGCAGGAACCUAACGAGAAACGCUUGCUCUCCAUGUAAAAUUAAAAAGGCGAAGUGUGACGGAAACCGACCUACUUGUUCCAGAUGUCAGAAGAACGGCGACACGUGUGUGUACGAGGUGAACAAGCGGGAUAUAGGAAAGCUACAACUACUCAGCGACCACGAUACCGCUAGAUUACAGAGUUUCGAGCUAGUUUUUGGGGUGCUGCAAAAUGGGCCCGAUCACGAAGCUGCGGAUCUCUACUCCCAAAUCAGACUUGGGAGAUCCGUUGAGAUGCUUGCAUCUACUCUAAACCCUUCUAGCAUCCAAUCUUCGACAUCGGCUUCGUCCAAAAACCCCGCAGCUGCGUCAAGUUCAUAUUCAACCGCUAUGCGCGACGACUCCGAGACCCCAGCUCCAGAAGCAUCGCAAGGCUUCCUUGACCUCCUCUACGACCGAGAUGACUGGCUCCAAACUCCUGACGGCACAACUCCUGACGGUACCAGUGCCCACAACACAGAGGGGGAGUAGCCAGAGAAUAAAUAUGAAAUACCAUUCCCGCAGCGGCUAACAAGACCGCAUGUUUCUUCUAAUAGAAUACCGUUUAACUCCCAUAAAACAUACGACCUCUCGAUGCUCACCGACCUAACCCCGAAUACCACACGACAUUCAUUAAGUCCCUUCGAUAGCUUCAGUACAUCCCUAUUCCAGAGUUCCAAAGAAUUACGGCCUCGAUUCCAGCUUUUACUGACAAGAAACGCCAUGCCGCCACUAAUUUGCUUCCGAAUGAGCUAUGGUGGAUUCCUAUCUGUUC